AUGGCUGAGAACAACCCAACGUCCCCCAUCGCUCCUCUCGCACCGUACCCUCCUCUCCCGCCGACGGAGUCCCGCAGCCGGGCGCCGGAGUUCUAUGGAUUUGUUGCCUGGACGUCUACCUAUCUCCUGUUCAGCCUCUAUCUCCUCUGGGCACUCCUCCCCGACGAAUAUAUCGUCUGGCUUGGCGUCUCCUGGUAUCCCAACCGAGAGUGGGCCGUGCUCGUGCCAGCCUACUCGGUUGCGGUAGUGCUCCUGACAUACUUCACCUACUUCGCGCUGGCGUUUGCCGGGACUCCCGCGUUCUCUGAUAUUAGCACGAUAACAGAUUCCAAGGCGCAUCUUCCGCCCGUUGAUGCUCCAAACCCCUACCUCGCGCAUGCCCAGCCGGGCGUGAUCCCGGAGAUGUACGACAUCCCGAUUGGCCUCGUCAACCGCGUCGUGUACGGCGGUGCGCGUCCUCAGCGUCGCGCAGUAGAGGCUCGGGGCGAUUCCACCAGCAGCUGA